GAGAGGAUGUCACUUUGGGAAGGAAACCUUUCCCACCUGGCUCUGCUCUGCAAGGCUAUAACUUGGUGACCUUAAAAGCAACUGCAAAAUGAACAGCGGAGGACAGUGUAGAAGACGCGUUGGGCUCUUGCUCUGAGCCUCCAGGAUUUGAAGAUGUCUGCGUGCAGUGACUUUGUGGAACACGUGUGGAAGCCUGGCUCCUGUAAAAACUGCUUCAACCCAAAGAGUUCCCAUCGGCUGCAAACACCCCCAGACGUGGGAGCAUGCGGCGUGCUCCCGAAUGGAGGUAGGAGCAAGCCCGAGAGCCCAGCGUUGGAAGACGAAGGCGUAAAUACCUCUGUGUUCUCCAAGCCAACCAUUGCUGUGAAGCCAACUAUGAUCAACUCAGAUGUUUCUGACACGUGGGCGGAUGUGAAUAUGAAUUCAGAUCUGUCACAGGUUGGCUGGGGAAUGGUUUCCGGUAAACAUCUCCUUCUGAAGUCAAGCGACUCACAGCGGAUCUGCCUCGAUGGGUUUGGAGCCAGCGGCGUGAGAAAACCCUUCCUGCACAGCCCACCACGCGACUGCCUGUCCUGCUGCACGCCCAGCUAUUCCAUGGUGGGCCUGCGUGGCCUGGAGAGCCACGUGGAGAGGAACGUCUCCAUCCACAGCUUGGUGCUGGUGGGCGAGGUGGGCAAGCAAGAGGAAAGAGCCAAGGACAAGUCUGCCCUGUCACAUCGGCCCCUCUGCCCUAAUCUGGGGGACAGAGGUGUUGUGAGCUCUGGCAGAAACCUUUCACCCCCAGAGGGUGACUGUGGCCGCCUCUGCUCUGGUGUCGAAGGGGAAGGGGGAGAGUACUGUUCGAUCGCAGAGUCCCACAGAGAGAGCCUGGCUCCCCGCAGCUGGAGGCAGAGGGAUACUGUGGAGCUCUCCAGGCUGAGUGGCAGGGCGGCGAAGUUCAGUGAGGAGGAGCGCAGGGCUGUGAAUGUGGCCUUCUGCAUAGCGAAGGAGCGGAGCGAUCUGCUCCCCUACACCUUGUGUGCAGAGAGUAAAAAGCCGACCCGUCAGUCUGACACUGCUGCCCUCCCUGAGAGCAGCAGCAAGAUGGCUGCCUCAGCGCCGUGCCGGGAGAAGGAUGACUUGCUUCUCCCCAGAGACCUGGAUGGAGGCUCCAGGCCUGAGGGACUGAACGCUCCCCAGCAGGCCUUGGUGGAGCCGCAGCGUGCCCGCCUCACUGAGCCGGCCCGUGGGGAUCCCAUCUAUGCCGAGAGCACCAAGAGGAAAAAAGCCCAGCUGAAGGGGGUUGGUGGAUGUGUGGAUGCAGAGAAGCUGGCCGGUGGCAAGGAGCAGGCCGAUGGCACGUGGAGGGAUGGGAGCUGGCUGCUGGGUGCUGAAAAGGAGCACCAGGACUCCACAGCCCAAGUGGCAGCAAAGAUAACGAUUAUGGCUGCGCACACGGAGGAUGACCACAAGACAAUAUUUCUCAGCAGCCCUGACUCUGCUGUGGGCGUUCAAUGGCCAUGUGUCAGCCCUGCUUCCCACCCUGACUUUGGGACUUCAUCACCCGCUGUCGAGCCUGGAGAGAUUUUUCAAGCAUCUGGAAGUGAAAAUGGCCCAAGGUUUCACUUGGCAGCUCCUACCAAAAACACAGUUAUGGAGAGCCCAGCCAUCCCCCCAAAGAUGUCCAAAAACAGCCAGCAGGGCAGUGAGGAAAGCCAUGUAUCCCCAGUCAGUUCCUCUGUGACAAAGCUUGGUGACACCAGUAGUCAGGAUGGAGCUGGGGCUCAGCUGCCAAGGAGCUGUGCGGAUACAGGUACCUUCAGGACAUCUUCUUCUCCAUGCACUCACGUUAAUGGGAUUUCUGUGGAAGAGUCCAGCAGAAGCCUGGCAGGCUCACCCUAUGACAGAAGGCAGAAAUACUACACCCCUACAUGGGCCAAGCAGUGCCGGAUAGAGGAAGAGGAAGAGGAGGAAGAAGAGGAAGAGCAGGAGCUCUCAACCCACCCAUGGGCAGUGGGAGCUGAGAAUGGAAGGGCUGGCGCUGACCUUGUGGAAGACUGCCCAGUGCUGGAGAGUCAGGCUGGGAUCAGCAAGUCAUUAUCUUUCUCCUUUGACUUCCCUAAGGACAAGAGCAAUGGGGUGGAGUUUGCACCACCACCGCCGCCACCAAAAAAGCAGUCCAGGCAUGCUCUGAAGAUGAACCCAAAUAACGCUGAGUUGGAGAGGGCCAGCAACAGCUCUGCUGAGAGCCUGAGCCCACCUUUCAGGAGCGUCCACGUCAGCUUCACAGCUGGCUCCUCCGACAGCCUCAACUCUGACACUCAGGCCGGCAGCGAUGGCAGACACUCGUCUGAGCCAAACCACUCACCCCCUCCAGCUGAAAUCCUGGCCUUUCCCCCUGUCCCCUUCCCUCCUGCCUCCGGUGAUGACAGUCUCUCUUCUGUCUCAAGCCGCCCGCCUCCUCUGCCUCAGAAAAAGACAGUGAGCAGGACAGUGUCCUCCCCAGAUGGCUUUUUUGGGGGACAGGGGUCUUCAGGCAGAGCAGCUGGUACUGCUUGCCCCAGGCUGAACGUCAGCCAUUCUGAGAGCAACGUCUGCCUCCAUGAGGACUCUCCUUUCCUCCACCCGGCCAGUCUCAGAGGUCACCCCAGCAUCUUCUCCUCCUCAGAGUCCCUGGAGAAAGGCUCCAAAGGAAAUGGCUACUGGGGCUCAGCCACCAGCAAGAACACAGGGACCUGCGUCCCCAGUAGAAACCUCCAGUCCCGUUCUUCCUCGCAGCUCAGCAUGUCCAGCCAGGUAUCAUCAGGCUCCAGCCUCCAGCUCCACAACCUCCUGAGCAAUAUUGACAGCAAGGAGGGGGUAUACGCCAAGCUGGGGGCCCUCUAUGCUGAGUCCUUGCGCCGCCUGGUUGCAAAGUGUGAGGAUUGCUUCAUGCGGGAGCAAAAGAAUGAGCUGCACUUCAAUGAGAACAACUGGUCGCUUUUCAAGCUGACGUGCAACAAGCCCUGCUGUGACUCAGGGGAUGCAAUCUACUACUGUGCCACCUGCUCCAAGGACCCUUCCACCACCUAUGCUGUGAAGAUAUGUAAAACCCAAGAGUCCAAGGUGGCUGCUUCGUACUGCAGCCCCCCAGUGCCGGUCCACUUCAACAUUCAGCAGGACUGUGGGCAUUUUGUGGCCUCUGUCCCCUCCAGCAUGUUGCUGGCCUCCAGUGUGGGGAAGAGCAUGUCUGGGGAUGGCCUCCGUCCCUCCCGCACCACCAGUGAGCAUGAUUGUGUGGUGGUCAUCACCCGCGAGGUGCCAAGCCAGACCACCGCCGACUUCGUGAGGGACUCGGUGGCACUGCACCAGGCCAAACCUGAGAUGUACGAACGUCGGGUUUGCUUCUUGCUCCUCCAGCUCUGCAAUGGCCUGGAGCAUCUAAAAGAGCACGGCAUCAUCCAUCGGGACCUGUGUCUGGAGAACCUUCUUCUUGUCCCCUGCAAGCCCCCAAUGAGCUGUGCGAAGGCCAGAGAUGACAGAAAUUUGCCCCGCCUCAUCAUCAGCAAUUUUUUGAAAGCUAAACAGAAGCCAGGAUCUGGAGACUCCAAACUGAAGAAGAGCCAGGCCCGGCUGGCCCCGGAGAUUGUGUCAGCUUCUCAGUACAAGAAGUUUGAUGAGUUUCAGACUGGAAUUCUCAUCUAUGAGCUCCUGCACCAGCCCAACCCCUUUGAGGAGAAGGUGCACCUCAAGGAGCAAGAGUACAGCCCUGAGGACCUCCCUUCUCUGCCCAGCCUGUCCAUUUACUCCCGGGGGCUCCAGCAGCUGGCCCACCUGCUUCUGGAGGCAGAUCCCAUCAAGCGCGUGCGGAUCACCGAGGCCAAGCGGAUGCUGCAGUGCUUGCUGUGGGGACCACGGAAGGACCUGACUGAACAGCCCCUCAGCCACGAGGAAGCCCUCCACCAGGUGCUUCAGAACUGGGUGGACAUGAAGCGUGCCCUGCUGAUGAUGAAGUUUGCGGAGAGGGCUGUGGACACGGAGCGGAGCGUGGAACUGGAGGACUGGCUGUGCUGCCAGUACUUGGCCUCUGCUGAGCCUGUCUCCCUCUCACACACAUUAAAACUGCUGCAGCUGCUCUGACCUUGGACAUGUCUCAGAGGUGGCUGAGGGCUCCCGAUUGCCUUGCAGUGAAAGGUACACAGCCCCAUUAAAAUGUGAGAGGCUUGAAUCUUGGCUGUGAACAUGCGUUCAUUUCCUAUCCUGUGCUUUGGUCAGUGUAAGACAUGGUUAGUACCCCGAGCACUAAUUUGUGAGCAGGCAAAGCUGGGAGCCUACUCCUCUAAAGGAGGACUUUUUUUGUAUGGUAAGUCUGUGGACUAAUAAACUCCUGCCUUUGUGUGCAUGUUUCUCAUGAACAAAA